GGUCAGUCCGUGGCCAGUUCUCGUGGGAGUACGGUUAAUUAUGAGUCCGUAUAAUUUUAAUUAUGUGGCGUUGUUUGUAUCAGCGUGCGUGUGGAUACAGUGCGCCUGCACAUCGCAGUCGUCUCUAAGCAACAUGAGCUUUGUGCACCCGGAGGCGGAGGCACAGAGGGAUGUGACGGUGAUUCAUGACUAUCAUGGCACGGAGAAACUGAAGAAGAUUGUAAUUUUUGGUUCUACUGGCAUGACUGGCCUUUGCGCAAUUGAAGCAGCCCUUAAGAAAGGUCUACAAGUGCGUGCAUUCGUCCGCGACCCAGUCAAGAUCCCCGAUCAUCUCAAGGACAAGGUGGAGGCAUUUCAAGGCAAUGUCCUCGAGCCCGAUACGGUUGCCAACGCCGUGGAGGGUACCGACGGCGUCGUUGUCACCUUAGGCACCCGCGAGUCCUUGGCUCCGACCACCGAUCUAUCCGUAGGACUUAAAAACAUACUAGAUGCAAUGAAGGCCAAGAAUGUUAAAACUGUAACCGUAUGCUUAUCCGCAUUCCUCUUUUACGAACCGAAAGAUGUGCCUGAACAGUACGGUCCAGUGACCGAUGAACAUAGGAGGAUGUAUGAAGAGUUGAAAGAGAAUCCCCUGAAUUGGGUUGCCGUAUUCUCUCCUCAAAUUUUAACGGAACCCAGCCGUGAAAUGACCGUCGUGGUCAAUCCCCAGAAGUCACCCAACGGUACCAUUACCAAGUGGGACCUCGGUACGUUCAUGAUUGACGCUCUUUUCGAGCCUAAAUACUACAAGGCUGUCAUUGGGUUGAUCAAUGUACCUAAGUAGUAGUAUCGUAAACUUGUUAACAUAUAUAGAUAAUGAACUCACUGUCGACGGAAACUAACUUACUUUUGUUUCAUCAUUAUAUUGUUCAUUGGGUGACAACUCAGCGCUGUUAUCGCCAAAGUAGGUAUUUGAACAUUUUAAAGUAGAUACUCGAAAAGAUAACUAAAUUACGUCUAUGUAAAAAUAAAUUUAUAAAGAAUUCCAUAAUCUUCAAAAACUUUAUCUAUAGACAAUAGGUAAUUAGGGCCUGUUUUAAAUGUGAAGUUUUGUCUGCUAAAUGUUAAUAAGAGAAUAUAAUAUUAUGCUAUUUGUCAUUCGUCUUGAUAUAUCAGGACUGUUACCGUUAUUGCAAAUCGACGGACACAGAAGUGUCCGGAAAAAACCUAGAUAUAUUGCUCCCGAUUAAAACUACCGAAUGAAACUUACUAAUCAGCUUAUAAUACCUUAUGUAUUGUAUUUCGACAACAGUUAAAAUAGGUACCUAGAUCAUGAAUUGUAUUUAUUUUUUUACAAUAACGUAGAAUUUUAGU